AUGUCUCGACGACCGUUACUGACACCAUUUUCGCCACAUUUUGGCUUUUCAAAUCGAUUCUUUGAUGAUAUGGAUUUUGAGCGUCAUUUUCGUCCAUAUUGGGCAGAACAGCCAUUGGUAACAGCUCAAAAAUUUGGCGAUGGAGUUGGAGAGGUAAAAUUUAAAAAAAUGCAGAUUUUGGACGACGAUGAAACAUUUUCAAUCACUAUCGAUGUAUCACAGUUUGCACCCGAGGAACUAAAUGUUAAUAUCGACAACGGUCAACUGAUUAUCGCCGGCAAACAUGAAGCCAAAAAUGAUCAAUAUGGGCAGAUUGAAAGACAAUUUGUACGACGUUUACAGUUGCCAAAAAGUGUUAAACCAGAGACCAUAACCAGUGAACUAACCAAAGAAGGAAUGUUAACAGUACAGUCACCGAAAAAGGUACCGGAGCAAAAGACCAGAACAAUCCCCAUUCUUCGAAAAGAUUAA